UCUUUUCAGGGAGAAAAAGUUCGAAAAUUGAAAGGCGAGAAGACUGAUAAGACAGUGGUGGAUGCAGAGGUCAAGCUUUUACUUGAUAUAAAACGAAAAUUAGCAAUUGCUUCUGGUCAGGAUCCUGAUGCUACUACUAAGUCGAAGGGAAAAAAUAAAAAGAAAAGUGGAAAAAAGUAGAGAAAUGAAGAGUAAGCUGAUUCAAAAGUGUUAUGUACUUAUGCAACACUGUCAAUUGGACAUCAGGAUAUGUGAAUUUGAUAGAUUAUGCUGUUAUUUAUAAUUCUCAAGCUGUCUAUUUAUUAGAUAGUCAAUGUUUCAUAGGUCAUUAUUAAAUUACAGCUUCUUCAUGGGUUUUAUGGACCCUAUUUCAUAAAGGGAUAUAUGAACAAUACUUGUUAACAAUAAUUUUCCUGUAAUAAAAAUUCAUUCUUAUACUAAUAUUGAUUCAAUAUUUGCGAAUGAUAUUCUGUUUUUCACUUCUGGUUCUUGUAAUGGCUAUUUCAAUUUACAUUUUAUCUGGGCCAAUGUAUAAAACAAUAGUGCACGAUAUUUAUUAAUCAUUUCAUUCAACUAUCCAUUUAAAUUUUCUUUCCUGUGUUUCAUUCAUGCCAUAUUGUCACUUCCAGGUGUCACUUUUUGCAAAUAAAAAUGUAUCUGCAUAUAUAUUUCAUGUUGAAUUCAAUUCUGUGUAAAUGCUCACAGUAUUCCCUUAUAUACUUGUGAAAGUGAUUUUUUUAAUUCAAAUUUUAAACAUUAUUUUCUCCCUUUCAUCAUUUUAUGAAAAAUGUAUAUUUGUAUUUUCUACUUUGUUCAGGGGCUUUUCUUUUUUCCAUUUAUAAAUAUUUAUAAGAUUAAAUAAUGGAUCCUCAUCAAAUAAUCGGUUGUUUGCAUGCACUCGAUUUGGUAUUCAAUUUCCCACAUUCAUUUUUGCAAAUCUACUUAAAUUGGGUGAUGAGCAGUCAUAAAUAAAUGAUGACUGGUUUGGUUUUGAAAUGAGGAUGGCUUAUUAAAUCACAAUGCACCACAUCAUCAUCUUAUAAAAGAAAAAAAGAGAACUCAUCAUAUGUUAUGGGCAUUUGUAUAAUUAUCCAACCUCUUUCCCUUUGAAACAGUCUAAACACCCUCGGCUAUGCCUUUGUGUAGUUUAAUAGGUUCAUUGUGUGUAUGUGGUUCUUAUUAUUGACCUCACAUGCAUGUUGCAUUAUAUAGCUGUGUUGGCGAGUCACUUAAUCAUUGCAUGCAUACACGUGCAAUAAUUUUCUAACCAUUAUUCAUUUGAUCUUUUUUCUGGCCUACUUGUACAUUAUGUUCUUUAGAAAUUCUAUGGCGCAUUAGUUCCCACAAGUGAUUGGGUUUCAAGUCCCUAGAAACAUCCUGUCAAAUUUACACAGUACCUGAACAUAAUAUACAUUACAUUUUUCUUACGAAUUUAAUUAAGAAGGGCAGAAUAUAUUGAAUUUUCAAAAGUUUCCUUCCUGCAUUUUUAUGUAUUGUGACUUUUUUCUUGACAUAUUCAAUCCAGAAUGUUAAUGAGUUUUUAUGCUAUUGGCUAAAUGUAUGCUUUCUGUAGAGGAAAGGGUAUAUGUAAAGAAGUGGAUAUUUUUUAAAUGGAAGAUUUGUGAAAUAAGCUAAAAUAAUCAAACUAGGAGAUAACUCCUUUAAAUACAGUUACUUAAUCUUGCAUACAUGCAGUCUGUAUUUAGAUAGAAGAUAGCCAGUACUAGAACAUGAAAGUUCUUUUGCCCAAAUUCACAGGUUUAACCCAGACUAAGUUUAUGAAGUGCAUUUUAAUAAAAAAUUAAAAAGUUCACAUGGCCUAUUCAUGCUCCUGAUACAAAUAUACAAUUGGAUAAACUUCAUUGUACACUAAUGCUUUAAAACAUUAGUAGGAGGUUCAAAGCCCCAUUGUGAAUUUGUGAUUAUUCCUAUGUCAUUGAAUCAAUGCUGGAAAAAAAUUCUUGUAUUGAUUUGAAUUGACAAUGAAAGCCAGACCAAGGCAACAGUUAUUUUAUCCAAUCUCGUGUAUACAGAUGAUAUCAAUCAAUGCGAACAUAUGAUUUUAAAUUUCUUACCAUUUCAUUAGGUGAAUGAUUAUACCAAGAGCUUCAGUGUCUGUACAUUGGUUGUUUUGCUGAACUAUGUUGGCUACAGUCACAGUAUGGGAAUGAUAGUAAAAUGUCAGAAAUUGUGAAAUAAAUCCCCAGAAAAGACAGUUAUUCCUGUCUAGUGGAUGGUAACCCUAUGUUGCCAUUGCUAUUCCAUAUUAUUGUGGUAAUGAUAUAUGUCAUUUUAUUAUUUCUGCAAAAUGUAUUUGAUACUAAAUAUUUAUCAGGAUAAUGAUGAUUUUGGGGGACAUUUUAUGAUUUAGGUAAUGGAAUCAGACUGGCAGGAAAUUAUUUUUAAAAUGAUAUCAACCAUUGAAAAUGUAUUCAUACAGUGUAUCCACCUGAUGGACUUAAUUGUUUGACUGCAAUAAAUUUAAAAAUCAUUUAUAUAACAUCUACAAACCAAUAUGCCCAGUUAUGAUGUACAUAUUUUUAAUGUUAUUUUUCAUUCUGCUGGUGUUUUCCAUAAUGUAUUAAGCAACUUUAGCUGGAAAUAAAGAACAUGAUGAACGAAGGAUGAUGAUGAUGAAGAAAGAGGAGAAGAAGAAAGUAGAAGAAAGAAGGGGGAGGAGGCGGGAAAAGAAGAGAAGGAAGAAAUAGAAGAAGAGGAAGAAGAAGGAGAAAGGGGAGGAGGAGGAAAAAGUAGAUGAAGGAAAGAAGAAGGGGAAUAGGGAAGAAGAAAGAAAAGAAAAACUUUAGGGGGGAAGAAAAAGGAAAGAUGUCAAGGAUGGUAGAUGAGAAGAUGUGAAGUGAGAAAAAAAUAUGGAGGAAAGCAGAAGUUACUUUUUUUACAGUCUUUCAUUUAUUAAAUGGGUUUAUCCCGUUUCAACUCGUAUUUUCCCACCUGCUCUUUCUUCCCACCUUUGGUCCGGCCCUAGAAACCAUUUACCUCAAUCAUAAAGAGAUUUUCCCUCUUCAUUUCUAUUAAUUAGGUCCCAUCAGUUGUUGUCAUGCAUUCUAAAGAUUAGUUUUAAUGAAAAGAGUUGAUUACCCUGCUUAACUGCAUAUCCGGGAUUAUUGGGUCCGCCUCGAUCACGCCCGUCGGUCUGUAUACGAUUUAUAUCUUUAUACAGAUCAGUGAACACGCUUCCAUACAGCUGACUACAAAUCUUUCGUCUUUACUCUUUUCCAGAAACCGGGGGACGGAGCUUACAUAAUAGGGACAUUCUUUUUCGUAGAAAAUGUAUUUGUCUAAACAAUAGCCGCUGGACCUAAAUAGCCUCCGUUUACCAUGUUCUGUGUAAACUGUAAGCCUUGAGAAUGAGGUUUCUCAGCCAGUGUUGACAAUGUGAUGGUUUCAGUCAAGCGCACGAGUUUCAAGUUCAUUCUACGAUUAGACUAGGACGAGAUACAACACACGCUCUGUCUUCGUUUAACUGUUGUAUGACCUAAGAAACCAAACUGAAGGUGUUGAGUGGGACCUGAAGGAUCUAAAUAUGGAUGUGGAUGUUGAAAAUGUAGACGUGGAUGCUACUCAGUUAUCGAAGUUGAAACUUUAUGUUUCGAGGUCUAAUGAAAAUAUUUCCGAGAACAGUUAUGACGGGACAGUGACUCCCCCGCCAUCUCCACUCGAUGUCCAUGGCGAUGUUGACUCCAGGCCUCCUCAUUCCUAUGUCAGGAUAGUUAUCAUGGCCCUGCUCGACUGUCCAGGUCGCGAGGCUACGAUCAGGGAGAUCUAUGACAUGAUCACGUUGAAGUUUCCAUACUACCAAGAGAAUCGUCUACACUGGAAGAAUUCCGUGCGCCACAACUUGACAGUGUUUAGUUGCUUCGAGCGAGUUGUGAGUAGUGCAGAUGACGGCUCAUCUUCCCGUAGCUCGAAUAGCUGGAGACUUGUUGGUAACUGGCAGUCAAUACUGGAAAAGGCAGAAUCCGCAAGUGUUCGGAAGAACAGAAUCUGUAAUUCAAGUAUCGUUGACGAGUUCACGAAGAAAAAGAAAAAGCAUCUCAAGCCAACACACAUUGGUAAAUUUGAUAGUGUUUCAAGGAGAGAGAAAGACCUAGCGAAGAAAAAGAAACGUGAAAAGGCGGCGAGGAAACUUAGGUUAGCAGCUGGGAUUCGAAGAAUCAACAGGGUGCCGCUAGGUAAUUUAAAUCAUCAUGAUCAGUCGGCUUCUCCUGCGAAUCUAUCGAAAGAACCACUUCCAUCCCGUAUGACCACACCACCUCCUCGACUCCCUGGUGUUGAAAACAUUUUCCUACCCUCACCUACCCCAAGCAUCUCACCAUUAAAAGAACCACUGAACAUUUGGGACGAUUCGCCCGACGAUUUGCAUCUUCUAUCCGUGCCCAACCUCUCUUUGAUUGAUGAGAUCACAGACAUCGUCUCUGCUGAUGAUGAGAUGACAGUAUCCCAUCUCGUAGCACAGACAGAUGCUUCGGACGUCAUAUCUCAGUAUGAAUCAGACAUUGAUGUGGCCAUCAAACGACAAUGUUCAUGGCAUCAGUUUACACCGGAGCAGAGUCCAGCUAAAGCAUGGACGGAGCUGACAAUGGCUGGCCUCACUGGGUAUGCUUCGUCUGCAAAGAGCAAAAACCUAUGGGAUCUAGUAGAUUCGAGAUUCAAUCCUGACCUUUCAGACUUGUAUAGCCUCAAUAACGAUUGGUCAUCAUCGAUGUCUCUAGAUGACUACGUGUUAGUUUUGUAAGAACAUAGCUGUUGAAUGAUGACAUUUGUUUGAGAAUGAUGUUUAUUUGUUGUAUGUACCAUUUUCAGUGUAAUUGUGCACCUGUUACAUUUAUGAAACGUAGGAUUGACCCAUAGUGAAAAGAAUUAUCCUUGUUUGGUAAUGAUGCUUCUUCAUCCUAUACUCAGCAACGCCCACUUCUGGAUACAACCUCGAGAAAGUAACAUAUCAUCAACCAAGAUAUUCGAAUGAUUGUGAUUAUUUUGUAAGGCUGAUAACCUAGCUGUAUUUAUGAUAGAAUCUGUCACUGUCAGCGUAAUUUCAUAAUACAAUGACCUCCACUUGUUUGCUUCUCUUGAAAAGAAAGUUUUGUUCCUCGACUUACUGAAAGUUUCAUCGUCGAUUGUUAUACUGUGUUUGUAUACUUGACCUAUAUUCCAAAUUAGUCAUGGUCAUGAAUGAUAGACAUAAUUGGACAGCAUGUUUUCCUCAAAUUGUUGAGAGUGUCACCAGUAUUGUAGUUUGACCCAACUUUCGUUUUAUGCUUGCCUGAACGUGUUUUUCAAAUUUAAAGUCAUUAUGAAUGUUACUCCAUAUGACAGUAUUAUUUUCAAUUCCACUUCCUCUGUUGAAGAUGAUAGAGAAAUACCUAUACCAAAAGAAAUCAAGUUUUCAUCCACAUGUGCGUGUGUUUCACACGAAAUAAUUGGGCUAUCAUAAUGAUAUAUGACGGUCUCUCAGUUUGUAAAUUCUCUAAGUAAAGUCAAUGAUCAUAUUCGUUAAACUGAUAUAAUUAUUAAAAAAGAGCAAAACAUAUUUAUCAAGUGUAAAUGUGUCGAUAUGCCUGAUUAUGACGUAAAUUUUAAAGAUAUUGAUUUUAUUUUUUUUAAUGCAUGAUGUUAAUAAAUUGCCUGAAAACAGCUA